UAAUAGAAAAAACAAAAAUGGAAGCGGGGCCAAUGAAUACAUGAUUUUCCAAACCUUUUCUUUUCUUCUCUUCUGUCAUCUGUGUGUAUAGUUCUCAUCGAUAUCAUCGUUGUUGUCGUCGUUGACGCUGCUGUCAGCCAUGUCCGCCUCCUCUGCCUCUUCUCGCAAGACAUUAAGCAAGAUAGCAUGCAAUCGACUCCAGAAGGAGUUGGCGGAGUGGCAAGUCAAUCCCCCUGCUGGUUUCAAACAUAAAGUUACUGAUAAUCUUCAAAGGUGGGUGAUUGAAGUGAUUGGGGCUCCUGGAACUCUCUAUGCGGAUGAAACCUAUAAUCUUCAAGUUGAUUUUCCAGAACAUUAUCCCAUGGAAGCUCCGCAGGUGAUUUUUGUGCCACCGGCUCCGUUACACCCUCAUAUCUAUAGCAACGGGCACAUUUGCUUAGAUAUUCUCUAUGAUUCAUGGUCUCCUGCCAUGACAGUCAGUUCUAUAUGCAUCAGCAUUCUUUCCAUGUUGUCAAGUUCAACCGUGAAGCAACGCCCUGAAGAUAAUGACCGCUAUGUGAAGAACUGCAGAAAUGGCAGAUCUCCCAAGGAAACCAGGUGGUGGUUCCAUGAUGAUAAGGUGUGAAGGGUGUCCUUCUGACCCUUGAGGCAACAUUGUUGCUUUGGCUUAUUUUACAUCAAAUGCUAAUCGAAAAAAAAUCCUACAUAUGCAUGGCCACUGCUAGUGCAUAAUGUGCAGCAAAUUGGCCUUUACUGUCCAAUAUUUGUAAAUGGAGAUGAUUUUCCUUUUAAGCUUCUUGUGCAACAUUAUGUACUCUUAUGGAAAUACACCACAACCUAAUUUAUAGUCCAUGAAGAGUUUUCUUCUGGCAUCUAAACGACAAGUUUGUAUUUACUU